AUGUCGGCCCACUUGCUCUCCGCGGCCUCUUUCGCCUCACCACUCUCACUUGACCAACCGCCUUGCUGCCUCCGCGUUCUUUCGGGCGACUCAGGACAGCGCCGCAACCCGUCCUCACUGUUGGGACCUGGGGUAAGCGAAGCGCCCAGCGCGUCGAGGGCGGAAUGGGCACGGGGAGAGUCCGCAGGCAGUGCUAGCGGGUUUCGCUCCGUUGCAGGCCGAGCGCAGUCGGGCAACUGGCGCAGCUUAAUACGGGGAGGGAUCUCAGCGCGGGGCGAAAGCAGGAGCAGUGCGGGACCGGGCGCUGAGCAGUGGGGGCAGAGUGCGGAGGGGCGCAGAGAGGCAGGCGGAAACGGCGGAGGGUGGUCCGACAGGGGACGGAGAGGUGGGGGGCGGUCGGUUGGCGGAUGGGAGAGAGGGGGACGGCGAGGAGGUAGCGGAGGAUGGGGGGCCGGCGAAGGGGACAUCGGAGGUUUAAGGGACAGGGAAGGCGCAGGGCGGCGGGAGGGAUCGCGCGGUGAUGGAGGGGAUUGGGAAAGGCAAUGGGGUGGGGGAGCGGAGAGCGCGCGCGAGCGAGGGCUGGAGGGGAGGGAUGGCAGGGACGCAUGGCGCGCGGACGGCGGUCGCGCGGAAAGGGGGCGGGGCGGCGGGCGCGGUGGCGGAUCCUGGGACGCGCGGAGCCGAGGGGGAAGAGGCAGGGCGGGAUCUUCCGCGUCGUGGGGCCGAGGGGGACGAGGCGCAAGCGAGCGCGGGAGGGGACCGGGUGGGCAGGCGGGCGGAACGGGGGCGUGGGGGAGGCGAGGAGAGGGGCGGUGGGGGAGCGAGGAGGGUGCGGAGGAGGAGUUGCCGUCGGGGUCGUUCGUGCUGCCCGACCCCGAGGCGGACGGCGCGGCGGACGGCGUGCUCGUGGUGGGCGUCGAGGGCCGCCCCCCCGCGCUCUCCCCGCGCGACCUCGUGUGGGCGCGCGCGCGCCGCGUGCGGUCGGGCGUGGUGAGCGACGCGCGGUGGUGGUCGGUGAUGGAUGGCGACCGGUACGUGGGGGACGACGAGGGGGACGAGGGGGCGCAGGGGGACGAGUGGGAGGGGGAGGGGGGGGAAGGGGGGGCUUUUGGGAGGGCGGGGGUGAUGGCGGGAGAUGCGGGGAGGGGCCGGGAGGGGAGAGGGGCAGAGCGCGGGGACGAGUCGGACACAGAGGGGGAGGAGGGGGAGGAGGUGGAGGUGGAAAUGCGGGGGCAGGGGGGAGGUUGGGGGGAAGAGGAUGAGGCGGAUGGGCGAGAGGGCAUGAGGGCAGGGAGGAGGGGCGAGGAGGGGGCGGGCAGCAGGCGGGUGAGGGGCGUGCGGCUGUUCGGGCGGGACUUUGGGCGCAGCCAGGCAGGCAAGGGGGGGGACGGCGGUGAGGAUGCCAACCUGUCAACGCGGAGCCCGCGGGUGGCAACACCACAUGCUGACGUGGCGGCCUUGAGCAAUGCUGGUGACAGCAGGCAGAGGCUGGGUGGGGUGGGUGUGGGCGCCGGCAGCGCUGGCAGCGCGCAGCAGCCGUGGGGCGAGGGCGCGAGGGGAGGGGGUGCGGCGGGGUGGCAGGGCGCGGAGGAGAUGCGUGGAGCAGGGAGGAGGGGGAGGAAGUCGCAGGAGGAGGAAGAAGAGGAGGAGGAGGGAGGGGAGUGGGCGAGUGGGUCGGAGUGGGCGCGGUACGGCAUGGAGGCGCCGUUUGAGGGCAUCAUUGAGCUGGACGACGGCGAUGGUGUAUGGGGGGCGGGCGCGCAUGGCACGGCGGGCAGGCGGCGGCAGGAGGGAGCAGCAGCAGCAGCAGGUGGAGGGGGGGGGGAUGAGGGCCCCAGCGUGCUGGAUGCCCUGCGCCGCCAGGUGGCGCCACGAGCCAAGGGGGGCGACGAGGGGCGGGUUGGGGGCAAAGCAGAGAAGGGGGAGAAGGGGAAGGAGGCGAGCAAGGAUGGUGGUGGGCGGGAUGCAGCAGCAGCAGCAGGCAAGGCAUCUGAGGGGUCUGGCGUGGGGAGGGCAGCGGUGGCGGUGGUGGCGCCAUCCCAGCGCGAAAACUACGACCCAGCGCUGGCAGACCAGUUCUUCAGCCGCACCUCCUUCGCCCAACUCGCCGCUUCACCCGCCGCCCUCACUGCCCUCCACGCGCUCGGCAUCACCCGCCCCUCACACAUCCAGGCAGCAGCGUUCCCGUACGUGCUGCGCGGAGCGGACUGCAUUAUGGCGGACCAGACGGGCACCGGCAAGACACUCGCCUACCUGCUGCCGCUGCUGCAGCGCCUCAAGGCCCACGAGCUUGAACGCGCGGGAGGGGGCGAGGGGGGCAGCGGGGAGGGGGAGGGCAGGGAGGGGGCUGGAGGAGGGCGUGUGGGCGGUGCGCGCAUGGGAGCAGCGCCGAAGCGACCGGCGGCGAUUGUGUUGGUGCCCACCACUGAGCUGGCGAACCAGGUGGUGCGUGUGGCGCGGCAGCUGUCAGCGGGCGGCAUGAGGGUGCGGUCGGUGGCGGUGACGGGAGGGCACCGGUGGCGCACGCAGGUGGAGGCGCUGGCGGGCGGGGUGGACGUGGUGGUGGGCACACCCGGCCGCGUGCUGCAACACCUCGACGCCGGCUCCAUGCUGCUGGACGAUGUUACGUGUGUGGUGGUGGACGAGGCGGACAUCAUGUUUGACGACGACGACUUCAGCGCCGCCCUCAAGCCCAUCCGCAUGGGGUGCUCGCGCGCAUGCCAGGUGGUGCACGUCACGGCCACGCUGCCAGCCGACGUGCACCAGCAGCUGCUGCAAGAGUACCCCACCGCCGUCUCCCUCAUCGGCCCCAGCCUGCACCUCACCUCCUCCGGCCUGCACGAGGUGCUGGUGGACUGCUCGCAGGCGGAGGGCGAGCAGCGCUCGGAGGAGGGCGGCUUUGCACGCAAGCGGGCGGCGCUGCUGCAGAUUGUGGGGGCGAGCAGGGGCAGGCGCAGGGGAGACGCGGAGGGAGAGGAGGGGGAGGGGAGUGUGGGCGCAGUGAGAGAAGGCGAGGAGAGCAGCGUUGGGUCAAAGAAGACGAUUGUUUUCUGCAACAAGAUAGAGACGUGUCGCCGGGUGGAGAACGUGCUGGUGAGGGCAGACCGCCAGCAGCGCCGCUACAGGGUGCUCGUGUGCCACGCGGGCAUCGCCCCCGACGCGCGCCGCCAGGCCUUGGAGCAGCUGCUCGCGCCCAACCCACCCCUGCCCCUCAUCCUCGUCUGCACUGACCGGGCGUCGCGCGGCAUAGACAGCAUCGACGUGGACCGAGUGGUGCUCUUUGACUUCCCUCGUGACCCCAGCGAGUACGUCCGCCGCGUGGGCCGCACGGCCAGGGGAGCGGGCGGCACGGGCACGGUGUAUGUGUUCGUGCAGGGCGGGCAGGUGGGGCUGGCUCGCCGCAUCAUGACCCGCAACGACCGCGGGCUGCCUGUGCAUGAGGUGCCCGACAGCUUCUUCUGA